AUGGAGGAAGCUGAGGAUGUAAUCGCAGUUGUGGGCAUUGGAUGUAAUUUUCCUGGAGGAGAAGGGCUUGAUAAUUUCUGGAAGGUUCUUGUUGAUGGGAGAAACUGUUCUUUGCCAAUUCCCAAAAAGAGGUUCGACUUGUCCGUGUGGUACGACCCUGACGAAAACAAAGCGGGUAAAUCCCGCACAGCCAAGGCUGCUCUCAUUGACGGGUUUAAUGAUUUUGACCACAAGUUCUUUGGCAUCAGCGACAGUGAAGUGGAACAAAUGGAUCCUCAACAGAAGCAGCUCCUUCAGUGUGUUUACAGAGCUUUAGAAAAUGCUGGGAUUCCUAUGGAGAAGGCCAGCGGCACCAGGACAGGAGUGUUUUUGGGCCUAAUGAACAGAGAUUAUGAAACAAAUGCUGCGCACGUGCACCCGAGUGUGAUCAACCACUGGACUGGCACAGGCCUCGCCAUGAGCAUCGCAUCAAACAGAGUCUCAUACAUCUUCAACUUCACUGGGCCGUCACUGUCCAUAGACAGCGCCUGCUCCUCGUCCCUCGUGGCUCUUCAUCUCGCUUGUCAAUCCAUUAAACAAGGUGAUUGUGAGAUGGCUGUUUGUGGAGGAGUCAACUGCAUCUUUGAGCCAAGAGUGUUUGUUGCUCUGAGCAAAGCCAAGAUGAUUUCACCUGAAGGGACGAGCAGACCUUUCUCCAGCACAGCAGACGGCUACGGCCGAGGGGAGGGCUGCGGGGUCGUUCUACUGAAACCACUGAAAAAGGCGUUAGAAGACCAUGACCAUAUCUGGGGCAUCAUCAGCAAAACAGCCGUCAACCAAGAUGGACGCUCAGUCACUCCGAUCACCAAACCCUCCAUGACGCAGCAAGAGGAGCUGCUGCGAGGAAUCUACUCAGAGUCCGACCUUGCCAAUGUUCAGUACAUAGAGGCACAUGGGACUGGAACCCCGGUUGGAGACCCAACAGAGGCAGGAAGCAUCUCAAACGUCAUCGCUAAGGCCAAACCUCCUGGUUCAGAGACACUGCGGAUUGGCUCGGUGAAGAGCAACAUCGGACAUACAGAAUCUGCAGCUGGAGUGGCCGGACUCAUUAAGGUUCUCCUAAUGAUGAAGCACGAGACCAUUGUUCCCUCCGUUUUCUACUCUGAAGAAACUGCCAGUGUUGAUGCCAAAGCCCUGAACAUUAAAGUUCCUCAGGAAGCAGAAAAGUGGGAAGCCUCUGGUGCACGAAUUGCAGGGGUGAACAACUUUGGCUUUGGGGGUACAAAUGCACAUGUUGUUGUCAAACAGUACAAACAGUCUCCCAUCAGACAACCGCAUGAUGAGACACAACCAAAGUACUUUGUCAUGUCAGCAAAUUCAAUAAAAUCUCUCUCUCUCAUGAUGGAAGACACCAUCACACAGCUUGAGGCAGAUCGUGAAAUGGAUCUAGAUUCUCUCUUGUACACGUCAGCUUGCAGAAGGAGCCAUCUCAAACAUAGAUACCGAAAAGCCAUCAUGUUAUCAUCUGUAGUCGAUCUUAAAGAUAAGUUAAGGGCUGCUGUUGGCAAAGAUAUAAGCCAAGCCUACUCCGAUCCAAGGUUAGUGUUUGUCUUCUGUGGAAAUGGCGUCACUUACCAUGGCAUGUGCAAGCAGCUCCUCAAACACGAACCUGUCUUCAGAGAUAAAAUCAUAGAGAUUACACAACUUUUUAAAAGGCUGAGUGGGCUGAACAUCCUGGACAUGCUUGACAGUGAGUUUGAGAGUAGUGACUUUAAAAACCCAGAGGUUGUCCAACCACUGCUCUUUGCCAUCCAGGUUGGCAUUACCACCCUACUCAGACAUUGGGGUGUCAAGCCAGAUGCGAUACUUGGACACUCUGUGGGUGAGGUUGCAGCCGCUCACUGCUCUGGCCUCUUGUCUCUUGAGGAUGCGAUAAAAGUCAUCUAUUUCCGCAGCACGCUCCAGAGCAAAGUCACCGGCGGGAUGAUGCUUGUGAUCAGCAACAUGGCUGUAUCGGAGGUAACUGCUCUUCUCCCUUGUUACUCUGGUAGAGUUUGCCUUGCUGCUUUCAACAGUCCACAGUCUUGCACCCUGUCAGGGGAUGCAGAUGCAAUUAAGAGCCUCCAUACAGAGCUAAGUGCCUCAACCAAAGGUCAGAAUCUGUUCCUGCGUCUCCUGAAUGUCCCUGCCGCUUACCACAGCCACAUGAUGGAUCCAAUUCUGACAGAAAUCAAGGAAACAAUUGGCCUCUUACAGGUGAACGAUCUUGACACAGAGUUGUUCUCAACAGUGACAGGCAAGGAGGUCCAGCAGGGAGAUUUCUGCACAGGUGAAUACUGGGCUAGAAACAUCCGUGAGCCAGUCGCCUUCGAGCAGACAGUGAGGUUGGCAGUGAAAGGAAAGAACACAGUCUUUGUAGAGAUAGGGCCAAGAAGGGCUCUGCAGCGAAACAUCAUUGAAUCUCUGGAUAGUGACACAACUGUUCUUCCCUCAGUGCAGCCAGGGAAAGAUCAUGAAACAAUCAUGUCUGUAGUUUCUAAGCUGUUUGAACUGGGGGUUCAGGUUGAUUGGAACACCUUCUAUAAAGGAUAUGAGCAAAUACCGUUGCCUUUCCCAAAAUACAAGUUUGAUUGCUCUGACAGAGACGUGAUUAUUGGAGCAGCACAAACAAACACAGCAAGUAAUCAUCCUGUGCUCUGUCAGACAGGAAGUGAUAGCAACAUAUUCAGCCUAGAUCUGAGGUCAGAUUCUUCUUUCUACCUAAAAGAGCACAAACACAACAAUAUACCCAUCAUCCCUGGUGCCUUCUAUGCCGAGUUGGGUUUAGCAGCAGUCAUGGCCAGUGCCAAACCAAAAGUACCACUCAACUCACUACAGCUCAGUGUCAAUUUCCACAGCCCAUGUAUUUUAACACUGAAUUCACCUGAAAUUAAGGUGAAACUGGAACAAACCAAGACAGAAACCAGUUUUACGGUAUUCUCUUCAUCUGCAUUGUAUGCAUCAGGCACAGUUGUUUCCCAAAGAGAGAGGAUGAUUGAGGAGCAGACUCUUUCACUGAGCGCCAUCUUCAAAAGAUGCAAAUCUGUUGUGAGCUCUCAGGAGUUCUAUGGUCAUUUGUCUCAAGGAGGCUUUCAGUAUGGAGAUGUCUUCAAGAAUAAGGGGAAUGUGCACUAUGGAGAAGAUCUCAAGGAGGCUUUUGUAGUUGUAUCAGUUCCAGAGGAACUUCGACCACAGUUGCAUGACUACUGCAUCCACCCUGUUGUGUUGGAUUUUCUGAUGCAGCUUCUCCCAGUCACAGUAGAACACAUCUUUGCUGGUAGACCAGGCUUUCCUGCCAAAAUUGGAAGUUUGACCGUGUUUGAACCUCUGCAAGAUGAGAUGAUUGUGUAUUUGAGAGCAAUGACUGUGGGUACUGAUCACUUUGAGGUUUGUGGCUGUUUUACAGACAGAAACGGCAGAGUGUUGGUUGAGGUUAAGCAUGUGCUAUUGAAGUAUCUUGGCAGUCACUCUCAUGUGGUUGAGGAGUACUUCUACCAUAACUCCUUCAGUGUCAUCCCUGAAACUAUCUCAUCUGCUCCUCCUCCAAAGGCCUUGGUCUUCUGUGAUGACAUGGGGAUCUCUAAAGGCCUGGAACAACAUUUGGACUCAGGAUCUCAGUACAUAUCAGUCACACAUGCAAAGGAUAUUUUGAGAAAUGGCUUCCCCUCUCUCUUGGCAAAAUUCAAUAUCCAUGAUAGCAAGGAAAAGUUUGAUGAGGUGUUGUUUUUGUGGGGCAAAGAAAACCUCACUUCACAGGCAGCUGAUGUUGCUCUGCAGAAACUUGUGAACUGCUGUGAGAUUUUCCGUCAAAUAGUCCUUGAGCUUAAGCGACUUCACUUUCCAGCCUCUAUUAGAGCAGUAACCUACCGUUCAUCUGAUGUCACAGUAGACCACAUAAAUCCAGGUUUUGCAAUCGCUGGCAUGACCAGAUCAUUUGCUGCAGAGAUACCAGAUCUUUCAUUUCAACUCAUUGACAUAGAUACUGUAUCUGCUAAGGACAUUGCAGCUCUGUCUGAGGUCCUACUAUCAUUUCCUUGCAGCAAGUACCCAGAGGUGGUGGUAAAAGAUGGACUGAUUUUAAAACCUUCCAUUGUCCGUACUCCACCUGAAAUAGAUGACGCUUCAGCAUGCAGUUUUACCUCAACAAUGUCCGAGCCCUGCGUCCUUCAAACAGCCGAUGCACAUGAGAUUAUUCAAGUGAGUGCCAUUCACUUUGAAGAGGGAGACCUGCCAAUCAGUGACACAUCAGUUGAAAUCCGUCCCAGCACGAUAUGUGUCCAUUCAUCUGAUUUCUUCCCCGUCAGUGCCUCACACUUGAAAUUUGGCCAGACAAUGUACUGGAAUAAACAUUCCUCCCAAAGUCACAAGCUGCUGGCUCUAGAUUUCAGCGGUACUGUUACCGCAGUUGGAAAAGAUGUGAGAAAACUGAAGGCGGGAGAUCACGUUGCUUCCUGCUAUCCUGUGUUGGCAGCCAGCAAGGUCAGGGUCCCAGAGGAUGUGUGCUACAGCACAAAACAAUUCCCAUUCCUUCAAAAAACACCCUGUGUUUCCUACUAUGUGCUGGCAUGGGAAAUACUGCAUCGAGCCUUACCCAAAGCCAAAAAUCAUCUAGGAAUCAUAUCCCCUGUUCCUGAGUCUGCUCUGACAAAAGUCUUGGCACUUACUUCCUACAAAUCUGGCUGGAAUGUGGUCAUUGGAACGCAGUGUAAUGGUUCUUUUGUACGUGUCGAACAAAUUGAUGCAUUUGUUGUCCUGCCCCCAUUUGAAGAAUCCCUGAUUGACAAAAUUUGCAGUUUCCCAAGGGUCCAACAUGUUGUCAUCAUCUGUGAAUCUCAGAUGCAAUGUUUGCUUGCUCAGGACAUGUUCCACAGUGUAAAGGAAAGUAUUCACGUGCAGACGAUUCUGAUCCCAGCCAUUUUGCAAAAGGGAUCUUUGAGUGUGCAAAGGCCACAUAUUUAUCACUGGCUCAAAUCCUUGAAGUUGAGCAGGAAAUGUGCUGUAAAAAACUUUACCUUUCAGAAUGUGUCUGACAAGAAACCAAAGUCGUACUUCAACUCAAAGAAACUGGCUGUUGUUGCUCUGGAAGAAGACAAUGGCAGUGCUCUGUCGGAGAUCCCACUGCUACCAACAAAAAAACUGCUCUUCCGAAAGAAAGCGGUGUACAUAGUGACAGGUGGUCUUUCUGGUCUGGGCUUUGAAACUGUCAAGUUCAUCUCCCAAAGAGGGGGGGGGGUUGUUGUCAUACUAUCCCGGAGCAAGCCCAUACCAGAGCUGCAGGAAGAGAUGCAGAACAUAGAGAAACAGUGUGGAAACUGCAUCACGAGCAUGGAGUGUGACGUGUCUGUCUCUGAGCAUGUGCACCAGGUUAUUAGUGCCAUUGGCCAGAAGUUCCCUGGUUGUCCAGUUAGAGGAGUGUUUCACAGUGCCGUUGUCUUGCAUGAUGGGCUGAUUGAGACCCUUGACAGAUCUCUGUAUGAGAAAGUUCUCAAACCAAAAGUAAAGGGUGUAUUAAAUUUGCAUCACGCAACACUGCACUGCCAGUUACACUAUUUUGUGUGUUAUUCCUCCAUCUCGGCUUUUCUGGGAAAUGCAUCACAAACAAACUAUGCAGCAGCCAACUCGUUCCUCGACAUGUUCUGUCAUUACAGACGCAAACUCGGGCUGUCUGGACAGUCCAUCAACUGGGGAGCGCUGAACCUUGGUCUCCUCUUGAACAAGGAGCAUUUCCAGCAAUUUCUGGAGGCAAAAGGGAUGAUGGUGUUGGAUGUUGAUGAAAUUCAUAGAAGCUUAGAGCAGUGCCUCCUGCUCAAUCAACCCCAACAGGCUGUUUGCAGGUUUCACUUCAGAAACAUCAGGUUCAACAUCCUCUCUCAAAAUAUAUCCUUGACAAUGCGCCUGUCCAAGUUAGUUGAAGAGGCUUUGAAAAAAUCAGAUGAAACAGAUGCUCAAGCAAAACAAGCUAAAAGUGUCUCGCCCAAAGAGUACGUCACCUCUCUCCUCACCACAACCAUCGGCAUGGAUCAGAGUGAGCUGAAAGAUGACUCACUUCUCUCGUCUUUGGGCAUCGACUCCAUGCAGGCCAUGACUCUGCAGAACGUGAUCUUUCAGGAGAGAGGAGUGAACAUACCUCUGGUGAAACUGUUGGACCCCAGCGCCACAUUAUCAACAGUGGUAGCUGUGCUGAGUGAAGGAGCUGAAGGUGACAAUGUCAGAGAUGACGCAGAGACGAAUAACUCCACAAAUGAAAUGGAGGAUCUUUCAACCAGAUUGUAA